UGGUUUGUUCUUGCAGACGGAGGGUGUGGACAUCGUUACUGUGAGUGUUGAAUGUGCUGCUGCUGGAGGUUCUGUAACGUUGCUAAUAACUUCUGUUGUGUCUAAUUUCUCACAGACAAACAAGUCGGCAUAUUAGAUGAGGGGCUGAUGCUGGCCAGAACCCAACUUGGGUUGCCACUCCUGAUUCCUCCAGUUAAUUUCAGCAUCGUUUACCACGGGUGCAAAGGGACCUGAAGAAGACACCAGCCAGGAUGGAUGAUAUCUUCACGCAGUGCCGGGAAGGCAAUGCUGUCGCAGUUCGCUUGUGGUUGGAUAACACAGAGAAUGACCUCAAUCAAGGAGAUGACCACGGUUUCAGCCCUCUCCACUGGGCAUGCAGGGAGGGUCGCUCCAGUGUGGUGGACAUGCUCAUCAUGAGAGGGGCGCGCAUCAACGUCAUGAACCGUGGUGAUGACACGCCUCUGCACCUGGCUUCCAGCCAUGGACAUCGGGACAUUGUGGGAAAGCUGGUCCAGUGCAAAGCAGACACUAAUGCUGCCAAUGAACAUGGAAAUACACCACUUCAUUAUGCCUGCUUUUGGGGCCAAGAGCAGGUGGCUGAGGAUCUUGUAGCUAAUGGAGCUCAGGUGAGCAUCUGUAACAAAUAUGGUGAGACACCUUUGGACAAAGCCAAACCUCACCUGCGUGAUUUCCUUAGAGAGAAAGCAGAGAAAAUGGGACAAAACUUAACCAAAAUUCCCUUCAAGGACACAUUCUGGAAAGGGACCACAAGAACUCGACCCCGCAACGGCACUUUGAACAAACAUGCAGGUGUCGACUACAGACAGCUCUCUCUCCUGGCUAAAAUAAAUGACAACCAGUCUGGAGAGCUCUGGCAAGGGCGCUGGCAAGGCAAUGAAAUUGUUGUUAAGGUGUUAAAAGUUCGUGACUGGACAACAAGGAAGAGCAGAGAUUUCAAUGAGGAGUACCCCAAACUCAGGAUAUUUUCCCACCCGAAUGUCCUACCCAUGUUGGGAGCAUGUCAGUCUCCUCCUGCCCCUCACCCUAUCAUCAUCACACACUGGAUGCCUUAUGGCUCCCUCUACAACGUGCUGCAUGAAGGCACCAACUUUGUGGUGGACCAGACACAGGCAGUGAAGUUUGCACUGGACAUUGCCUGUGGAAUGGCCUUCUUACAUACGCUUGAACCAAUGAUCCCUCGUCACUAUUUGAACAGCAAGAGCGUUAUGAUAGAUGAAGACAUGACAGCAAGGAUUAGCAUGGCAGAUGUUAAGUUCUCCUUCCAGUGUCCUGGCAGGAUGUACUCGCCUGCAUGGAUUGCCCCUGAGGCUCUGCAGAAGAAGCCAGAAGAGAUCAACCGUCGUUCAGCAGAUAUGUGGAGUUUUGCUGUCCUGCUGUGGGAGUUGGUGACUAGAGAGGUGCCCUUUGCUGACCUCUCUAACAUGGAGAUAGGCAUGAAGAUUGCCCUGGAAGGUUUGAGACCCACUAUCCCACCAGGCAUCUCGCCACACAUAUGCAAGCUCAUGAAGAUAUGCAUGAACGAAGACCCAGCAAAGCGGCCUAAAUUUGACAUGAUUGUGCCAAUUCUGGAAAAAAUGCAGGACAAAUGAAAACGCUCUUUGCUCUGUUAUUGAACUAGGUAUGUUAUCCCAGAUGUCCUUCUGAUGUGGUGGUGCUUACCAGUAUUGCCUUAAACUCUUAGUCUGCCGCAAACACCACUGUAGCUUCUGUUUCUGAUUUGAAUUCAGCAGCAGCAACUUAUUUUAUAUUUUUGUUUUUCAUUAUCAUGUGUCAGGAUUUUGUUGUCUAUUUUAUCUUAUGCUGAUGCCGACUUUUAGUUAAACGUCAGCUAUUCAUUUUCUAAUCUGCAAUCAUCUGGGCAAAGUACAAUCUUCUUUAAAUGACUGAAUAACCUGUGGAGAUCAGUAUGAAUGCCUGCUGCAUGGAUUUAUUCAAUUUAAACCCUUGUUUUUUUUUUGGGGGGGGGGGGCUUAGAGUGGGCUCUAAUAAAAAUUACUCCAAGCAAACCGCUCCCCUAUAAAUCAAGGUUUGUAAUAAAAUAUGGUACCCAGAGCUUCUUUUGGGAAAAUGAACUUAAACACAACUGAGGAAGCUUGGCAAACAAUUUAAAUGUAAAAUUAUGAAGAAACUAUAUGACUUAGUUGUGAGAGUACCGCACUUCUUGUUGUAAGUGAUCUCGGGUACAUGUAAAGCUUUUUUCUCGAGAGUUAUUCAAAAAUUCUGUUAAACAGGCUAAGCUAAAAUGCUUUGGUGAAGCACAUGUAGUGCUUAACAUGGGGAUCUCUGUUUUGCAAAUACAUUGCAGAUUAUCUCACAUAAAUUGUAAUUAUGUAAUC